AUGAAUAUUGUCGAGUGGGCAUUCGGAAAGCGCAUGACGCCCGCAGAGCGUCUCCGCAAACACCAGCGGGCGCUCGACAGAACGCAACGCGAACUCGACCGGGAGCGAAUGAAGUUGGAGAACCAGGAAAAAAAACUCAUCCAGGAUAUCAAGAAGAGCGCAAAGAAUGGGCAAAUCGGGGCCUGCAAAAUCCAGGCGAAGGACCUGGUCCGGACACGAAGGUAUAUCCAGAAGUUCUAUCAAAUGCGGACACAACUACAGGCCAUUUCGCUGCGCAUUCAAACCGUUCGAAGCAACGAACAAAUGAUGCAGUCGAUGAAGGGCGCUACCAUGUUACUGGGGAGCAUGAACCGGCAAAUGAACCUCCCCGCGCUGCAGCGAAUCGCGAUGGAAUUUGAGCGAGAGAACGAGAUCAUGGAUGAGCGGCAAGAAAUGAUGGACGACGCAAUCGACGAGGCCACAGGAAUGGAGGGUGAGGAAGAAGAGGGCGAAGACAUUGUCAAGGAAGUCCUAGAUGAGAUCGGUGUGGACCUCAGUUCGGCGCUUGGCGAGACACCGACAGGAAUACAGAAAGAGUCGGUCAGCGAGACUCGCGUUGCUCAAGCAGUUGGAGCCGGCGGUCCUGGCGGCGCCGAUGACGAUCUCCAAGCAAGGCUAGACAGUCUCCGACGAUAA